CCAGUUAAACAACUUCCUUUCAGCUUUCUGGCCUGUAUCAAGACACUUGAACCGACUUAAACUGUGAUUUCACUGCAGCAAUGAUCCACAAGCAUCUAAAGUGUUGCAGGGGACAGAGUAGGAUGUGAAAUCUGAUUGCAGAGGAGGACCACAAAAACGACAUUCAUCGCCUUUGAAGAACGUUGGACCUUAAUCAGGGACUGAUGUGAAUAAGACGAGGAAAAUCAUGAGAACACGAGUGAUCAUAGUUUUCCUGACUUUCUUUGCAAUGAUCUUGAAGUUCACUGAAGGAAAAAGUUGUGUAUGCAAUGGAAAAUCAAGAUGCCACUGUAAAGGAGUAAAAGGCAACAGGGGAGAGAAAGGUUUUCCAGGAGAUCCAGGUCCUCCAGGACCGGAGGGGCACCCAGGAUCCUUAGGUCAACCUGGACUAACAGGACCAAAGGGCAGUACUGGGUCUGAUGGACCAAUGGGAACAAAAGGCGAUCCGGGACCAGACGGCAAGGAGGGAUUUGCUGGAUCUCAUGGCUUACCAGGUGUUCCAGGUUUACAGGGGCCUCUGGGGCCCCCAGGUUAUCCAGGCUGCAAUGGAACAGAUAGAGAUCCUGGACGUCCAGGUGUUGAAGGAAAUCCUGGUAUUGAUGGAAAUAGAGGACCCCCAGGUCAGCCUGGUCCUAAGGGUGACUCACAGACAACAGCUCACUCAAUGCCAGGGCCACCAGGACCACGGGGAAAAGAUGGAAGACCGGGUUCUCCAGGUUUAUCAGGUGAGACAGGACUACGUGGGGACAUUGGACUAAGGGGUCCUCCUGGGUCUGCUGGUAAUACUGGAGCUCCUGGCUCCAAGGGCCAGGAAGGAGCUCCAGGAAUUCGAGGACCAAAGGGUUUCCGAGGACCCCCAGGCCUACCUGGGCCUCCAGGCAGGACUAAAGACUUUUUUACCGGCACCCUGUCAAUAACGGAUUUAAAAGGAGACAAAGGUGAUGCAGGAGACAAAGGAUGCAAAGGCAAACCUGUAAGUUUCUCUCUAGAAUUUGUGAAAUUGUUAAUCUCUGCCUGUAUAACUUUGGAAAUAUCUGAUUGUUUUAGAACUAUGCAACUUUUUCAUUUGUGCCUUUUCUUAAUCUUUCCUCAGGGAGAUCCUGAGAGCCUCUACCACACAAAAGGGCAAAAGGGGGACAGAGGAAACCCAGGUCCAGAAGGAAAGCCAGGAAAAGACGGUGAACCUGGAAAUCGUGGAUUCGGGGGAAGACCGGGGCGCAGAGGAGAGCCAGGACAUCCAGGCCCACCAGGAAGAAUGGGUGAAAAGGGAAACAUUGGUCCAUCUGGUCCACCUGGAAAAGUGAGUUUAUACCAAUAUUCACUUUUUGUGCAUAUAUAUUGUGCACAAUUGUUAUCAAACUUGUUCAUGCUCAUUAAGACCUUAAAAAUUAUAUUUCUAUAGUAGCUUGGCUUUCACAUUUGUUGUUU